UUUUUUUUUUUUUGCUUGAAUCCUCGGAAUUAAAACGUUUUGGACCAUGAACCAGCAUAAUGUCAUGGCGGGAUGUCUACGUAGCAUGCCUAGUGACACACCGUUAUUUGAACCUCAAGCCGAAGAUAUAUUGACCGAUGAAGAUCUACUCGAUCUAUUUCGAAUUGUCAAACAAUUCCUACGGAAAAAACCAGAUGCUGAGCGAUUAGCGAAAUUACUGUUUUGUGUGUCAUACGGCCUGGGCGACAGUGUCAAAUCAUUUCGACCGCUGCAUGAAGAUAAAUUGUAUUUUCGAGAUGACAAUACAGGAAGUUAUGGCAUCGUACGAUUACCAGGCAACACACCAUGUUGUAAAAGCGAGGAUACAGCCAAACACCGAUGGUCGGAAUCACCUUCUUCACCCCUCUCUCGAUUUCUAAGCGUUUCUUACCUUACGAACUCACAACAGACUCAACCCCCCACUGUUAAUACACCUGCCGCCGAAGGUGACCUCACCGUUCCCGGCGAUACAUCGACCGAUGCGUUCUCGGUUCGCCCCUACACAAACUUUCGCCCACUGUACCCUUCUCAACGGAUAGACACCACCGAGCCCACGAACACCCGAUAUCCGCCCCUUAAUACCCUAAUGAACAACAACAAGAAAACCGCUACCGAGGUCCUGAUGGAACCGAAGCAGCGGGGAUUUUAUUACCAAGAUGGUCGCAUCGGGCGGGAACCGGCGCUUCUGCAGAGGUACGCCGAGCAAGGUGUGCUCACCCAAGCUUCAUUAAUGCGCAAACGAAGACGACAAUUCUCGGAUAUCGAGUUUCCCUACGAAUUAUCCACAUUACCAGCACCAGCCAAGAAGCCCAAAAUUCCACAUCGUAACGGUGAAUUUGAGAAAAGACGCGAUAAUAUUAUCAGUCGUAUGCGGAGCAUCACCACGGCGGAUUUGGAACAAAAGGCGCAACGAAUUGAACCCGAGUUUACCUUGGCGAUCGAACACGCAACUGUACCUACCAUUGACGGGGUCCUAUCUGCUGAAGAAGCAGCGGAGCUUUUGGAACCCGCUUUACGCAUCCUAAUGUUCCAUUCCAAUAUGAAACCUCAUCUCGAUAACGGCAUGAAUCAGAACGGCAUAUACUACAACACCGACUACUUUAGGCUUUACUUGGCGUUUGAGCAAUUCCAGCGUAUUUUUGCCGUACUGUUUCCACAUGAAGUGGUCAAGAUUCCCGAGCAUCCAGUGGACAGUGAUAAGGACCGUGACAGGGAGCGAAAUAUCAAUAUGAAAUCAUAUCGACGAUGGAUUGAACCUUUGCUGGCGGAGACGAACUGGCCGGCAUUUCGACGCAAUCUUAUGGUGGGAGAGCGAAUGAUGCAAUUGACCAAGAUCGUCGGUCAAGGUGUACUGCUGAUGACGAAGGAACUUAGCGGUUCCAAGUUACACUUGACGUUUACAAACCAAGAGUGGGAUGAGUUCAUUACCGGAUUAAGUACGGGCAAGUGGGACGAAACGGUCCAAUGGGAGGCCACGCCUGGUAACCUGGUGGUGGAAUUACGACGAAAAUUUGCCACGCAAUUCUGGUUCCAUCCCAACGGGGUGAUCAAAUCGUCCGCCGAACGAAAAGAGGCCAUGCGAGCGACAGAAAAUGAUGAAGGGUAAACUUUAUGUAGAAAAAAAAAGGGCCCGAGAAAUAGAUACAGCAAUUGCACUUGUAUUUUCAUUUUGUUGUAGAGCCAAAAAGCCAAAAAGUAAACGUUAAAAGUAAAAAAGCUUAUGUAUGUG